AUGGGCAGAAGCUCUUGGCGCUAUGCGAUAUUCCAAUCGAGGUUAUGUUUAUGUAGGCAUAAAGGAGUCUCCAAGGACGGAGCAAAUAAGUCAGAAGCACCAGAUCCAGACCCAGUGCGCGACACCUCUGGAAAAUUGCUCAGCACGAAAAAUACAUACUACAUUUUGCCAGUCAACCCCUGGAGCGGUGGUGGACUUGAACUAACCAAAACCAAAAACAUGGCCUGUCCACUUGAUGUUGUCCAAACCGGGGAUGAUAACACUCGGCAUUCCCGUGGCAUUUUUUCCAGUAAAUCUCAAUAA